UGACAUUAUCAGCCAGCCUACGAACUUGGAUCAUAAUUUACAUUUAUUCACGGAUACUUGACUAUCAACAUGUCUGUCAGUCGUGUGUCGCAGAUUCUAUUCUCUCGCGUGUCGCACGCAGCCCGAAAACCGCAGCAAUUUGCCACGCCUGUUUUCAGGUGUUAUUCCUGUCAAACUGGCAUUUAUGAGUUCCUCAAACUUGAGACUGCAGGUGAAAAGAAAAAUGUAGGCGUUGUUACCUUAAACAGGCCAAAAGCUUUAAAUGCUUUGUGUGAUCAAUUAAUGAGCGAAAUAAGUCAAGCUUUGGAACAUUUCAAUUCGGAUUCGUCUAUCGCCGCCAUCGUCCUUACCGGAAGUGAAAAGGCAUUCGCUGCUGGUGCCGACAUCAAGGAAAUGAAAGAUAAUUCGUACGCAUCGAAUUUGAAGUUAAACUUUAUAGCUGGCUGGAAUGUAGUUGCUAAAAGCAGAAAGCCCAUAAUUGCUGCUGUAAAUGGUUACGCUUUGGGUGGGGGAAAUGAACUAGCAAUGAUGUGCGAUAUUAUUUACGCCGGUGAUAAAGCCAAAUUCGGCCAACCAGAAAUUGCCAUCGGCACCAUUCCCGGAGCAGGCGGCACUCAGAGAUUAACCAGGGUCGUCGGUAAAAGUAAAGCUAUGGAAAUGAUACUCACUGGUAAUAUGAUUUCCGCGGAAGAAGCUGAGAAAAGUGGUCUAGUCAGCAAAGUAUUUCCAGCUGACAAAGUCGUCGAAGAAGCAGUGAAAUUGGGCGAAAAAAUCGCAACUCACUCACAGUUGAUUGUCGCGAUAGCCAAAGAAGCUGUUAAUGCUGCAUACGAAACCACAUUGCAACAGGGACUUCUGUUUGAACAAAGAUUGUUUCACAGCACUUUCUCUCUGGCGGACAGAAAGGAAGGAAUGGCAGCUUUCCUAGAGAAACGUUCGCCGAGAUAUACAAAUCAAUAGAUUUAAGUUAUCUAUAUCUGUAAGAGGAAAGGGACACAAGUGUCGAUGAAUAUUUUUUUAAAUAUUUUUAUACUGCAUUUUUGUAAUGAAAAUCUCUGUUUAAUAUGUCUUGCCUUUUAACUGAUUGAUAGAUCUUUCUAUCAAGAAUUGAGGAAACCUUUUUAAAAAAAGGGAAAAAUGUUCAUUUAAUGUUCGUUAAUUAAGAGGUUAGACAUAAGAUAUUAUCUGUUAUAUUUGUUACGACAUAUACACAUCUAUGCUGCAAUAAACUUUUGCAUAAAA